ACACGACCACGCCCCCCUGCCCGUCUGGCCUUGCGGCCUGUGAGAAAAAAAAUUGGGCGAGGUCGUGCGCAGAUAUGCACGACUGCACUGACUUGACCGUGAGCGUCUCACCUUUCACUCUAGUUAUGAAAUCUCAUCUGUCCAUCUUCCUUGUCCCUAAACCCCUCUUCUCCGCUCCUUGCCUGACCGGUGGCUGCACCCAAUGGUGGCUAUGACGGUGCCCGACGUUGACCUCUACACCUUUCUCUUCGAGCACUUUCCGCCGACGAGGGUCAUCAGACACGAUGCGCCUCUCUUGCUUCAUGCCCUUUCCGCAUCGCCGUCUACCUCUUCGCCAUCGUCGUUGUCGUGCCGCAGCUCCGCCUCGUCGCAGUACGGAGGCUUGUCGCUGCUCGAAUUGCGCCAGAGAGUAGAUGAUGUGUCUUUGGGCCUGUGGAGCGAUGCUCGGCUGAAGCUUCGUGAGGUGCUCGGCACGGCAAGAAGGGUAGCUGCUGCAUCGCGGCGGAUGGAAGAUGCAAUGCCGAGAGCCCUUAUUCUUCUGGACAAACAAGCUCAGGGCAGCGAUCGGCUGGAUUCCAUUAUCGCUCUCUUGGCCUGCUCGAGACUUGGCAUGACCGUGUGCGUGGUGGAGUCGGAAUCGGACUCGAUCUCGAUCUCGGACUUGGACUUGGACAAAUUGUCGCUAGCUCGUCGGCUCGAUGCUGUUCGACCGCUGUUAGCCUUUGCUCCUCCCAGAUUUGUCGCAGGCCUUUGCGAAUCUGGCCUACCGCCCAAACACGUAGUGCUCAUGGGUCGCGAGGAACCUCUAUCGUCCUCCAUCUCGUCCCAAUGUGCCACACUGACCGAUAUUGAAGUUCGACGAAGGGGCCCGAGUAGCUGGAGCGAGCUGGAUCAAUGCCGAUUGUCGCUACAGGGUCAAGAAGUGUACCACUGGACGGCCAUGUUGGUACUGCGAGAAGAUUCGAAUAGCGCCGUACAGGUGAUGCGCGCUAGCCACGCUCAAGUGAUUGCGGGGAUCCUUUCGACCGAGCACCUUCUCCUGCUGCAUCGACAUGCGCUUCUUGGAGAGGGAACCAGCAGCGUGGGCGGGAGCAGCGUCGUACGAGGUGGACCGACUGGGAACGAGAUCACGAUGGUGCAGAUGCCCCUUGACGAUGCUGCCGGUCUGACAUUGUCCUAUUUGCUGCCGAUCUGGCAAGGCCGUCCAGUGCUCAUCGCAGGACCUGGUGAGGAUCUUCAUGGCCUUCCCGUCGAUGCUCUUUUCACCGAUGGCUUCACGGCGGCAACUAGGGUGAUCAAGCGUCCCAUCCAAGAGUCGCUAAGGUGUCUGGUCAUCAUCCAACCUGGCGCAGGGCAGAAUGUACAGAAUGCUCUGAUGGCAUUGAAACCUGGGCUGUCCCUUCUCAAUGCUUAUGCACCCAAGGAGAGCACGGGGCUGACACACCUGACAAGGGUAGCGCGAUCGGAUACGCUGCUCAUGCCAGGCUAUGUCGUCUUGGGCCUUGCUUCGUACUCUCCGAGCCCAACGCUCGUCGCGCAAGGUUCAAAAGAAGGGCGCACUAUCGUCAUGUCUGGUCCGACAAUGAUGACGAUGUCGCAUCCGCAACCCAGUCAAGCGCCAGGUUACACUGAAGUCGGCGAUAUGGCCACGCUCGACUACAAGGGCUGCCUUCACAUCCUUUCCAGCACAAGCUGUUCGACGUCUGACUUUGCCGAGGCACAGGAUCUCCUAACCUCGCACCCUCGUGUGCAAGCUUGUGCGCUCGUUGAGCCUCCUCUGCCUCAAGACGGUGCGGCAGCAGCGGCGGUGGCCAAGCUGAAGCCGGUGGCGUUCAUCGUGCCCGUCACUACCACUAGCCAUCCUCAGGGGACAGGGGCCAAGACGCUCGCGAACGAAGUGACAAAGUGGAUAUCGGAGCAUAGUCCAGCCUUCAAAACGUCAAAGGCCCACGUCAUCGUUGUGGAAAGCUUACCCCGUCAUCUGACGUCUUUGAAAGGCCGAAUGACGGCGCUGGAAGCGGCCUUGGUCCCGAAAGGAAAAGCUGCGGCGCAGGUAGCCAAGACUAGCGGUCGAUUGUCGGCUGCAAAGGCAGCUUCUGUGGCCACAUCGUCCGCAACGACCGUCGCAGCGAGCGCAAGUGGCCCAACCGCCCCCGCGCCUACAAAGAAGCCUGGACGUGACUCGAAGCGACGGGCCACCCACAGUCAAAUCGAACGUCGGAGACGGGAAAAGAUCAACGAUCGACUGGUCACGCUUCGCGUCAUUGUGCCGGCCUGUGCCGCCGAAGUUGAGGAACGCAAACGUCAGCGCAGGGAAGAGGAAGAGGAGUGGCGCAGGAUUGCAGCCGGUGAGAUUUCGGCCAGGGCGGCUUCGUUAGUCGGUGGCGCGAGGGGAAAGAGGAAACGCAAUCGGAAAAAGGCGACAUCGGCGUCUGACGGCCCAAAAGAAGAGGAGCUUGGUCUGCACAAGCUUGAGGUCCUGACUCAUGCCAUCGACUACAUCUACGAGUUGCAAGCACGCAUCGAGGAGCUCGAAACCGGGCAACGACCCGCGAGGAUCAAAAGGGCGGAAGACAAGGACGUGGACCAGGAUCAAGAGCCAGUGGAGGAGGAGGAGGUGGACGAAGAGGGUGAUGCAGAUGAGGACGAGGGAUCGGGCUCAGACGGUGGCUUGGAAAUGGCUGAAUGGCAAGGUAUUCGAACAAAGGUCGAGGAGGGCAAAGAGCACCAGAACCGACCCAAUCUACGCCGCAAAGUGGUCGGCGCAGUAAGGGCCGACGUGCAUGGUCAAAACGAUGUUCAUAGGAGGCGAUCAGCCGCCUCUUCCGGCUCGAGCGAAGACAUGAGGACAUCCCCUGCUGUCAUGAGCCUCAGCGCCGAGUCGCCUAUGUUCUCGGGUGCCUGUUCCUCGUCAGCCUCGGCAUACACCAGCUUGACGUCGCCCAUGAUGAGCCUAAGCGCAGAAAGCCCCAUCCUAAGGUCAAAUGCGCACCCAGGGAAAAGUGAUCUUUCCACAUCACCAGAGCGCAGGAAUUCGUCGGUGGCCCUGCAUCACAUGAAUAUUUCCUCUGCGGCCUCGUCAUCGUCUCCACUUACGUCUUCGUCCACAUCACCAGCUGCAACGAGCGCACUGAGUGCUAACAAUGCCGGCACAUCCACUUCGACAAGGGCCAGCUCUAUUACCAAGAGCCCUUCUCAUUGGCAGAUGCUUCCCGCACCAGCUCUUGCCUUCAGUGGCGGCGCUCCGCCAUCCUCGUCUCGGCCUUCGUCUGCGCGAAGCACACAGGCCCAGGAAGCGUUGAAAUUGUUGGCAACACCGGCCUCUUCUUUGACGCCCAUCACAACAGACGUCGCGACAAUGAAAGAGAUGGGAAAACCUCAGCAGCGGGAUGCCGAGCUGCUCCUGUCCUUUUCGACGUCGCCCGAAGUGCUUCGACCGAUGAGCUCUGUGCGCAAGACAUUCAAGAACAGCAGCACAAGCCCUUCCCUGGCUCGUCGAUUGACUGCUUCCUCAAUCUCUGGUACUGCACAAUUCGAUAGCAGCGCGCUCUGGCCAAGGAGAAUCCCUUUGGGGGACGGCAACGCUUCGGUGCCACUGGCCACUGGCGAAAAGGUGGGAGCGAGAAGUGCACCGGGGGGCGCCCAUGCCUCGUCCUCCUCCUCAAUGCUCUUGGCCAGCCCGCCGCUCUUGGCCCUCGAUGGACCCUCAGUGCAAACAGGUAAGAAGCCAGAAGAAGCGGACGAUAUCGAGAUGAUGGAUGGUUUCGAGGGAAGCCAGACAUAGCAUUGGCACGAACGCGGAACCUAGUAGCACCCAUUGAGCUGAUGGAGUCAGCCAACGAAGUUCUCGUGUGUCAAGCACUUCUAGCCUCUCAUUCCGAGGACCGAAAAUAAAGUCAUGAGCAACAGAUCAAAGGCCUCAAUUUUGAAAAUGGACCUGGAACCAAUGAAAGUCGUGUGCAAUUCCUUCUU